AUGAAAAUAUUAUUAUUUGUAGUAUUGUUUUUUAAUGUAUUAGUUGGUAUAUAUUCAAUUGAUACUACAAUUUUUACAGUUUGUUUAAAUUGUAAAGAUGGUGGUAUUAUAAAGAAUGUAACACUUGCUAAUAGAUGUAGUUAUUUAAUAUGUAAAGAUGAGAAUGUCGAUCAACAAGAUCAAUUAACACGUUCAUUUUCCGUUAAAAAAAGAUUAACCAAUGGUUAUAUUUUCGAUGUUUAUAAAAAUAAUCAAUGCUCAACAAGAUCAAAUGCUUUCGAAAUGACUAAAGCUUUAACUUGCAAUGGUGAAUGGUUAGAAUUAAACUCUUUUAUUAAAGUAAAAUGUGGUGAAUUAGAUCCAAACUCAUCACCAUCACCAUCACCAUCACCAUCACCAUCACCAUCACCAUCACCAUCACCAUCACCAUCACCAUCACCAUCACCAUCACCAUCACCAUCACCAUCACCAUCACCAUCACCAUCACCAUCACCAUCACCAUCACCAUCAUCAUCAUUAGAGGAAAGUCAAACACCAAGCCAAACACCAACACCAACUCAAACACCAACACCAACUCAAACUCAAACAACAACACCAACUCAAACUCAAACACUAACACCAACCCAAACUCAAACACCAAGUCAAACACCAACACCAAGUCAAACACCAAAACCAACUCAAACACCAACUCAAACACCAACACCAAGUCAAACACCAAGUCAAACACCAAGUCAAACACCAAGUCAAACACCAAGUCAAACACCAACUCCAACACCAAGUCAAACACCAACCCCGACUCAAACACCAAGCCAAACACCAACUCAAACUCAAACUCCAACUCCAACUCAAACACCAAUAUCCUCUAGACCAAUGUCAAUUUCUACAGAAAAACCAUCUUCAUCUGAAGAGGUUAUUCAAGCAUCUAGUGAGUUUAAUGAAUCUAGUAGUGAAGAUAAAAAAAAAGAUAGUGAGAGUAAAUCUUCUCAAUCUGAAUCACCAUCACCAUCGGCAUCAGCAUCAGAAUCAGAAUCAGCAUCAGAAUCAGCAUCAGCAUCAACAUCAGUAUCAGUAUCAGCAUCACCAUUGCCAAUUAUGGACUCAUCAUCUUCGGAUUCUGAAGAAAACGUAUCACCAACACCAUUACAUAAAAGGGGAACACCUCCACCACCUUUUAUUCAUCACUCAAGCUCAAAUGAAUUACUCGAAAAGAAUAGUGAUGGUAAUAGCUCUUGUAAGAAUAUACCAAAAUACUUAUUAAUAAUGCAAACCCCUAUUUUUCACUUUCAAUUAAAAUCUUUUAGAUUAAAUGAAAAAAUUACUUUAAAAAGAAUCAAGAUAAAACAAUCACCAUUUAUAUAUUUGUGGAUUAAAUCUCAUAUUUUAAUUUACCAAAAUUGGAAAAAAUAA